CCAGAUAGAUCUGCGAGGGUCCCGGGGCCCGAAAAAGGCGAGAACGCCCGUUGCGAAAAGAUUGCGACGCCAGGAUCACAGGGUCGUGCGCCGAAGCUUGGACACGAAGAGCCCCGACGCCUCGAGCCGGCCCCCUGCGCCCCGCGAGGGCCGCGGGCGGCGGCCAUGCUAGGCCUGGUGCUCGACCACGCGGGCUGGGAGGCGCGGGCAGUUGCGCGCCUCCGGGCAGCCCAGGCCGAGCAGGCCGCCGCGGCCCAGCAGGAGCAGCUCCGGGUGGCGCAGUACCAGCGGCAGGCGGAGUUGGCGGGGUGCGCGCUGGACCCUGACGUGGCGGAGCUGGCCGACAGCUUCGACAUCGAGGACGCCCUGGCCAGGCAGCUGGACUGCGCCGUGAGAGGAAGGCCUGACCUCGAGAGCACGCUGCUGACGCUGUGGGACCACCUGGAGGGUGCCGACGACCCCAGGGAGGAGCUGAAGCAGCAGGUCGGGAGGCUGUUCCGGGGCGACUUCGUGGUGCAAGCCUCGGAUCAUGCUGCGGUGGUUGCUUUCUGCAAGAAGUACGAGCUCGACGAGACGGCCACGAAGUACCUUGCCGAGGCACUGGCCGUGCGGGAGCGCGACUUCGAGGCGAGCACGAAGCGCGACCUCGAGAAGCUGGCCGUGCACAUGGAGCACUCCAGCCGCGCCCUCCAAGCUCAUCUCCAUGAAGCUGAAGGAGCUCAGGGCGGGCUGCAACAUCGGUGCGGUGUGGCGCUGCUGCACUGA